AUGCAAGAGGAGUGCAGUUCCACGAGCGACGACGAGGAGGUGCUCUUCACUAAGGAUAUGGUCCGCCGAUUAAGGAAAUCAGCAGCACAACAUGCCUCUUCACGACCGACCUCAUCGCUUAGUGACACGAGUGGCGUCAGCACAAUGAGCGUAACUUCAGGACAAAAGACGAAAAGCGAAACGGAAAGCGCUAGCACUGAUGGACCGUUGUCAACCGAUUCACCGGUGAAGGAGCGGAGAACAGAUGAUGAAUUAAUAGUGACGCCGAGGUAUCUGUAG